CAAUUAACUUUUUUUUCUUUAGGGGAUAUAUAUAUAAAAAUUUAUUCUUUUAAAAGCUCUUAACAUGGAAGUGCAGAGCAGUUGAGAACCAAAAGCCUGGGAAGGAGAUUAUAGAUAUGGCAGAAAUAAAAGCAGUUCCACUUGGAGCAGGUCAAGAUGUUGGACGAAGUUGCAUAAUUGUCACGUUAGGGGGAAAAAAUAUCAUGCUCGACUGUGGUAUGCACAUGGGCUUUAAUGAUGACAGAAAAUUUCCUGAUUUUUCAUAUAUAGCAAAGACUGGACCAUAUACACCGUAUAUAGACUGCCUGAUUAUCAGCCAUUUUCAUCUCGAUCACUGUGGAGCCUUACCAUAUUUCACAGAAAUGUGUGGCUAUGAUGGUCCCAUAUAUAUGACACACCCUACUAAGGCAAUCUGCCCCAUUUUGCUGGAAGACUUUCGAAAAAUUCAAGUUGAGAGAAAAGGUGAUUCAAAUUUCUUCACGUCACAGAAUAUAAAAGAUUGCAUGAAGAAAGUUGUACCUGUAAAUCUUCAUCAGUGCGUUCAGGUUGAUGAUGAGUUGGAAAUUAAAGCAUAUUAUGCUGGACAUGUGAUUGGAGCUGCAAUGUUUUAUUGUCGAGUGGGAGAUCAAUCAUUUGUUUAUACAGGUGAUUACAAUAUGACGCCAGAUCGGCAUCUGGGAGCAGCAUGGAUUGAUAAAUGUCGACCAGAUCUCUUAAUAACAGAAUCAACAUAUGCAACGACAAUAAGAGAUUCUAAACGAUGUCGAGAAAUGGAUUUUUUGAAAAAGGUGCACGAGUCAAUCAUGAAAGGAGGCAAGGUUUUGAUUCCUGUAUUUGCGCUGGGAAGAGCUCAAGAACUUUGUAUUUUAUUGGAAACAUUCUGGGAUCGCAUGAACAUUCAAGUACCGAUAUACUUUUCCACAGGAUUAACUGAAAAAGCCAAUCAUUAUUACAAGUUGUUCAUUUCAUGGACAAAUCAAAAAAUACGCAACACUUUCGUGCAAAGAAACUUAUUUGACUUUAAACAUAUAAAACCCUUCGACAGAAGCUAUAUUGACAACCCAGGUGCAAUGGUCGUCUUUGCUACACCCGGUAUGCUGCAUGCAGGUUUAUCUUUACAAAUUUUUAAAAAGUGGGCGCCUGAUGAAAACAAUAUGUUAAUUAUGCCUGGGUAUUGCGUUAUUGGGACUGUAGGUCAUAAAGUAUUAAGUGGUCAAAAGAAAAUCGAACUUGACAAAAAGACCGUUGUGGAUGUCAAACUGUCUGUACAAUAUUUAUCAUUCAGCGCACACGCAGAUGCGUCGGGAAUCAUGCAGUUGAUACGUCAGUGUGAGCCUAAGAACGUUAUGCUUGUACAUGGAGAAGGUUCCAAAAUGGAGUUUUUGAAAAAGAAGAUUAAUGAAGAAUUUCAUUUAAAUUGUUUCAUGCCAGCCAAUGGUGAAUCUGCUACCAUGCCAGUUCAGUCUAAAAUUGUCAUUGAUAUGGCAAAGGGCUUUUUAAAACGCAAAGCCUUUAAUCCUCAUGACUCCCAAUCCAAGCGUCAUCGUAUGAUCAAAGCGAACAAUGAGACACCGAUUGAUGGCAUGCUUGUAAUGAAGAACAUGGACAUGAAACUUUUGGAUAGUAAAACAGUGUCGGAAGAACUCAACCUGGAGGAACAUCAACUUCGCUUCACCUCGUCAGUUAAAAUUGAAUCUUCAGAAAGCAUAGAUGAGUUUUUUACUAAUCUGAAGAUAGAUUUGGACGAAUGUUUUGCAGAGAACUCGAUUGAGAAACUGACAGACACAUCUUUAGCUGUGGAUUCUGUCCUACUGAAAUUGCACAAUUCCAGUUUAAAGGAGUCAAAAAAGGGAACUACGGUUAAAGAUUUGCUUAUAUCUUGGAGGUUUGAGGAUGAAUCUUUAGGUAGCCGGGUGUUAGAUUUUCUGACACCUUCAUCAGAACCUGGUGAAUUUGAUAAAGAAUUCUGAUACUUGCA